AUGUCAUCUUUAACGAGCACACAAAAUGGAAAAAGCGCUAUUGACCCAAAAGCUCUCCUGGCUGCUUACCUUAAACAACUCCAAUUAAAACCCCUCCGCACGAAAAUGUACACUCAAGGCUCUUUAUCAGCCUUGACUGAAAUUGUAGCAUCAUACUUUGCUUAUGCCCGCCCAGGCUACGGCCCAGCAAUCACGUCGCGCGUUCCCAAGAUGGCUUUUUACGGGGCUUGUGUCGCCGCGCCGCUAUCUCAUUUCCUCAACACCAUGGUUCAGAAGCAACUCCCCGGCAAGAUCCUGCUUCAGCAGAUUAUUACCAUGCUUUUUUUUUUCCCUAUUCAAAAUACUGUCUAUCUCGCUUCCAUGGCCAUCAUCGCCGGCGCGAAAACAACCGAUCAAAUUCGCGGUGCAGUACGCGCUGGACUGGUUCCCAUGACAAAGGGCAUGUGCGCGUUGCACCCGAUAUUGUUGACUUUUGCAAACUUGUUUGUGCCCAAGGAGAUGUUUGCGCCGUUCUUUAGCCUGGUGGGUUUCUGUCUGGGAACGUUUUUCAACACUAUGGCCAAAAAGAGAAUUGCCGCUGCGGCUGCUGCUGAGAAGAAGGAUAUUUAG